CACACGACAAGCAUGCUGGGGAAACUGCUGCUGACCGCCGCUGUGGCGCUCGCCGCCAUUCACGGGUCCGCCGCACAAGGCGACAAGCCCACAUCGUGCGUGGAAGCUAAAUCUCUACUCUCCAAUGCCAACGACGGAGAGUACACACUCUACCCUUUUUCGACGGACAGUGAUGUAUCCCUCCGCGUCUAUUGCCAUGACAUGGCAUCUGCGGAACCUAAAGAGUUCCUGACCCUACCGUCCGGUCCUGAUGAGAACUAUGCCAUUUUCUUUGCCGACCGACUGAGCAACGCAUAUCAGUGGCAAUGCACCGGUCCGUUUCAGGGCCAAUAUGCUGCACGUGGGACCACGAAGUUCAGCAAGCUCAGAAUCCAGUUUGAACCGUCCAGGAUCGAAGUUAUUGGAAAUGACUACACCUUUGCUGAAACCACUGGGCCCAAUGAUAUUGCUUACGGGCAAGCAGGCGACUGUUAUUCAGCGAGACAGGGAUGUGCAAAGGGAACGUUCAAAGUGGAUCUGACUGGGACCGGACUUGAGCUGGACCCAGAAGUCCACUGGGUCAUGGGUCCCACCUACCCAGGAUCUCUGACCAUCAACGACAUGUUUAUCUCGGAGGAUAGAAAGGUUGCCUCUGCCCGAUGUGGUGGAUGGUGUGGUUCCUGCAGGCCCGAUGGAGGGGAAAUAUAUCUGACACCCUCAAUAGUUCCCUGUGCCAUUGACAUCGUUCUUGUUCUGGACGUUUCUUCGAGCAUCUCACAGGACCAGUUCCUCCUGGCCCGGGACUUCAUGAUGGAUUUUGUCGACUGUGCUGCUUUUGAAGGAAAGGAUGUCAGGGUUAGAGUCAUCAGCUACACCUGCGAAGCGCACACCUACUUCAGCCUCACACCAAUCACCGUGGGGAUGUCGUACGAAAUCGAGCACCUCAUGAGGGGCGACGGAGGCGGCGAGACCCGGACUGGCCACGCCAUCUACCACAUGCGCCACACGUCCAAAUUCGGAGCGGAAUCCCAUCACGCAGCCGUCAUCCUGACAGACGGACAGUCCGAUGAUGACGCAAUAGCCGAGGCUGAGGAUGCUCGGGACGCAGGGAUCGAUCUGUACGCCGUGGUAGUCGGGAACUUUCAGAACAGGGCUUCGUUUCCGGCCAUGACCAACGACCCCGACCGAGUGUUCGACACCAGCCAAGCCUGCGACGCGGCGCAGAAAAUCGUGGACGAUCAGUGCGGCAUGUAGAAUAAAACACAACGGAGACAUCCGGACCGUGUGACCUGACCCGACCUGACCUGACCUGACCUGACCCGACCUGACCUGACCGCUGAUGUGGACUGUCAAACAGACAUCCAGUAAUCUCCAAGCAGAUGGGUGACAAAUCUAAACAUUCCCCGACUGCCCAAAUUUUACCCACUUCUCUUUAAACACCUGCUUGAUGAUUAGUCAUUUGAAAAUCAAACCUUAAGAUAAAUACCGUAGUGAGCUAAUGCUAUAUUUAAGCUUUGCUGAAAUCAGGAAUUCUAUUUCAACUAAAUUGACCCAAUAGGGAAGAGGGGGCAUCCCAACCA